CGCGUACGCAGCUCCAUACUUGCUCAUUAUAAGUCCGUGCGCCAUAACGAACAAGCGUACGCGGCAAAUAAAUCAAAAUACAAAAAAAAAAGAAAAUUUAUUCGAAAAACACAAGUAUAAUGCAGUCGGCAAAUGUUCUGCUUACUGUGUCCACAACAUUGGGAACCGGCGAUGAAAAACGUGAAGACGAUAUUAUGAGUCACACGCCUGGGGACUUCAUGGCGGUCGCGGCUCGAGAGCUUCGGGAAACAUCAUCGAUAAGAGAACAAGCCCUCUCUAUCAUGAGAGAAUGGAUACAAAAGAAUCAUGAUAUAAGAAACGUUCGACAAGAUGACAACUUUUUAUUACGUUUUCUUCGUCAUAAGAAAUACAGUAUACCAAUGGCUCAACAGACAUUGUUAAAAUAUCUAAGUUUAAGGAAAUACUAUCCGGAGUGUUUCACCAACCUCGAUUGUGACGAGCCUAAUGUUGCUGAAUUAUUGAACAGCGGAUACAUUGUUGUAUCGCCAGUUCGCGACAACAAGGGGCGACGUGUCAUCGUUUAUAACAUGAGUAAAUUUAACGCUAACAAAUUCACAUGCUGGGAUAUGUGCCGAGUGCAUAUUGUCGUAUAUGAGAGCCUGUUGGACGACCCCGUUGAUCAAGUAAUGGGUUUCACACACGUUGGAGAAGGUUCUGGAGUAACUGCCGCUCACAUCACCGCCUGGAAUCCAACUGACUUCGGUAGAAUGUUGAAGUGGGGAGAGCAAUCAGUUCCGAUGCGACACAAGGAUUUCCACCUCGUCAAUAUUCCGUCCGCACUUAAAUAUAUUAUCGAUUUUGCAGUCAGCAAAGUCUCAUCAAAAAUGGCACAAAGAUUAAAUAUUCAUACGCAUCUCAAACAACUGCAUAAGAAUUUGAGUGUCACUUGUUUACCUACGUCAUACGGAGGUCCUUUGCAACUUCAAGACAUGAUCUCUUACACAAGACAGCUGCUCUCUUGUCAGAAGAAAAAACUUCUAGCUUUGGACGACAUGGAGAUAUUAAGCACCAGAGGAAUCACUUCUUCCAGAAACAGACCCGUAAUCAAAGAUGGUACCGUUUCAAUAGAAGGAAGCUUUAGAAAAUUAGAUAUAGAUUAAGUUAUAAAUAAAUUUAAUGUGUUAAUUAAUGUAUAAUUAUGGGUUAAGAGUCAUUUUAAGAAAAAAGUAUCUUUGUCAUACAAAUCUUUCAUAAAUUUUGCACAAUUUGUAAGUAGACUUAAAAUUUUUGAAUAAAAAGUUUGUUUGUAUAUCACAAUAUGACAAUUGUUUCUGAUCCUAGUUUUAAUAAUGAGAUAUGGAUAAAAUAUAAACGA